UGACGGCGCAGAAACCACGUGUUUACGUAAUGGAAAGCCAAUCUUUCAAAUUAACCCCUCCUCCUCGCCCGAUCCCGACCGAGGUCCGACGCCGGAGGAAAUACACGCAAAUGUUUUUAUACGGACUUUUGGAGAUGCCAGCAACGCGGUGCUGAGGACGCCGGAGGAAGAAAGCCCGCAAAGGGGAAGAAACGCACACUCCAGGAAUCACGGGCACACACAUACACACACACGCACGCACACACACACUCUCUCUCACACACACACACACUCACGCCAAGAACCCAAGACUGGCUUUAACAGAAACGUUGCAGCGUGGGACUGGAGGAAAUGAGCGCUGAGGCUGCUGGAGCCUGACCUCGCCAGAGCCGCUGCUUCACAGGAGACACGAAUUGGACUUGAUCCGGCAAUGUGCUGCUUUGCUGGGGCUAUCAUUGCAGCAGUCCGUGCUUAGGAUGCAUCCUCCCUUGGCUUUUGAUGCUGUGCAGAUCCACCCUCCUCUCCUCAGAGUGAUGAACUAAUAGGCAAUGAUUUUCUCCUCGGAAAUCCACCGUGGUUUACUGUUUUCACGUUAGUUGUGUUUGUUUACUGGCGACCCGUCUCCUCCCGGUGCGACACAUGCAAUUUAUAGAGUAUUUUUUCUAUUGUCGACUAGUUGAGGAGGCAUUCUUUAUACCCCAGAAGAAGAAAACACACCGUUAUCACGAAGUCUGACAGACACUGACUGUUUUGUCACGUGCAUGAAAGCGCAUAGGACUUGGAUAUACCUAUUUUUUCUAUGAUACAAUUGGUAGCCUUGUUCGGGAGAACUGAUCCAAUUGUGUUAUUAUGCAACCGCAAGGAUCUCAUCUAUAUCUGGGUGUUUAAGCCACUGGAUUGCUCUUCGCCCAAAUCAAUGUGGUUUCUUUGGAACAUUUUCAGCAAAGGAACGCAUAUGCUGCAGUGUCUUUGUGGCAAGAGUCUUAAGAAAAACAAGAAUCCAAGUGAUCCCCAGCUCAAGGGUAUAGUGACCAGGUUAUAUUGCAGGCAGGGAUACUACUUGCAAAUGAACCCCGAUGGCUCUCUUGAUGGGACCAAGGAUGACAGCAGUAAUUCCUCUUUGUUCAACCUUAUUCCUGUGGGCCUCAGAGUCGUCGCCAUUCAGUCCGUGAAGACAGGGUUAUACAUCGCAAUGAACGGGGAGGGCCAUCUGUACACAUCAGAACUCUUCACAGCAGAAUGCAAGUUCAAAGAGUCGGUGUUCGAGAACUACUAUGUGAUCUACUCGUCCAUGUUGUACCGACAGCAGGAGUCUGGGAGGGCUUGGUUCUUAGGUCUGAACAAAGAGGGCCAGGCCAUGAAGGGGAACCGAGUGAAAAAGACCAAACCAGCUGCUCACUUCCUGCCCAAGCCAUUAGAAGUCGCCAUGUACAGAGAGCCAUCGCUGCACGACGUUGGAGAGACUGUGCCGAAGGCGCCAGUCCCUCCCAGUAAAAGCACAAGCGAGCCAGCAGUGAUGAACGGAGGUAAACCUGUCAGCAAGCCCGAUAAACCCACCACAUAGCCACACCUGACCAGUGCCCAGAGCGUGCGUGUGUGUGUGUGUGCGUGUGUGUGUAUGUGUGUGUGUGCGUGGGGAGGGAGGGGGGUUUACGCGUGUGCGUGUGUGUGGAGUGGAGGAACGUGACGGAGGCGGGGCUUUACUCCAACCAGACUGCAGACCAUCCUUCCUCUGUGGAUCAGAUCCUGGCGAAUCUCCUUUCCUUCCUCCUCCUCCUCCUCCUCCUCCUCCUGGUUUUUCCUCCGCCUCGCACUCCCUCUCUCUAGCGGACGGACUCUGAGGCGGCCGAGUUCGCCCAGCACAGGACGGGGCGAGGACCUCUGAACAAGGAAGGCCUUCAGGUUCCUCUGAAACUGUGAGAUCUCAUGUGAAUGAGGCGUGUUUCUCAAUGACGCUGUGGUACUUCGCUUGACGGCGGUUCAUCCAAAAAAGAAAAAAGAAAAAAAAAAAAAAGAAGAAACCUUGCCCCCCUGUCUAAACCCCUGCUGCAGCAGAGUCUGUGUACCUUCAGAUCUAUUUUCUAUACCACAGUUCACCAGCUAUGUUCUGGGAUAGAGACUGUAUAGAUAGAGUAAAUAUUUGGACUGUUGUCCUCUAUUUUUUACGAGUAUGUUCCCCCUCUCCCUCUCUUUCUAUCUCUAUUCACACACUUUUCUCUUUGUCAAGUAAUCUAGAAAAGAUAAAAACAUUUUGCAAGGGUGUUGUGUGAUUUUCUAAGAAACACAUGAACACAGACGUGACAUCCAAACAGACACAGAACACACAAAACAGCCCAAAUUUUCCUCUUUGCCUACAACUUGCACACACUUCAAAGACAGACACAAAAAGUUUAUAUGGAAAAUCAGACGUUGCUCUUUUCUUUCUUUUUUUUCUUUCUUUCCUUUUUCUUUUUUUUUUUUUACAGCCGAUAAAAACACUCUGGAGGCUGGCAGAUAGCUCCUGCAAUCAUAGUUGAUGAAGUGCUAAUUACCGCCACUGCAAUCAAUGCGAGGAGCCGUCUACACACAUGCAAAACACACAUAUACACACACAUUUAUAAACAGAUGUGCGUGUGGGUGGGAGAGCGCUGUAAGGAAUGGUGUAUACAUAUCACUAUCUGUGUCCCACCAGCGGUUCAGUCCGCCUUCUCUGGUAAAUAGAAAAACCUGAAGUCUAUUUUUCUUUAAUCUUAUUUCAGAGCGUGGGCUCUAGGAAUAUCUCUAGGCCUUGUAGGCCUCUGUCCCUCUCUCACUGACUGACUUCUUUGGACGACGAGGCGAGGCUCGUGGCUUUGACCCAGAUGGUCUUUAACUGCAACACUGGCGGCCAUCUUAUGGCAGAGUCGACUUAAAGCCAGAAAACAACAUGGCUGAAAACCAGUAGGUGACAUUUAUACUGGCUGCAUCCCUAUUCGGUUCAGCAAACUGAAGCAUGGACAAGGUUAAUAUUCUGUUCUCUCUUCUUGCGGCAGUUAUACAAGAGACGGCUUAUAUUGUAACAUUUUCACUGUAUAAAAACUUAGGGAAAAUGACUAUUAAAAAUCCUAACUUUUUAAAUGACUAGAUAUUAUUAUUAUAUUGAGAGGAUUUGUCUUCUAGCUCAGCAUGCAGAGUCCAGUACUGAUCAUCUUGGCCUAUCACGUGCCUGUUUGGACCUUGAUUCCCGGCAUGCAAAAACAGGUUCCCAGUCCCCACUGGGCCAAAGGUGCCUCACCCACCCGAUACAUCCGUGUAGAGGACACGUAGCAUUAUCCAUGGAGAAACCACACUCAGAUGUAUCCAUUCUGAAACGACCAAAGUCUUUUUUCAUCCCGAGAAGAACUGAUAUCUUUAGAAAAGAAAAGAAAUUUGAGUCAACUCAUCGAAGCUUUCACUGUGAUCGCGCUCGUUCUGUCCGAGAGAAUCAACUCCGCUCAGACCCCCUAAAGGUCUCGACUGAUGUCAUUUUGGAGACGUACAUAUACCUUGAAUUAUUCACAUGCAUGUAUUUUCUAUAAGGAACAAGGUAUGGGGUUGAAGGGGCAUGUCCGCAGGCUGCCGCACACUCACAGCGAGUCCCAGCGUAACUCACUGCACUUUGUUUUGCAAUGUCGUCACGACUGUUAGCAGUUUAUCAAAGCUCUGAUCUGAACGAUACAUUUAGAAUGUUUGCCUUGCAUAAUGAGUUGUUUUUUCCCUCCCCUAACAGUUUUGUUGGAAAAACAGUAAAAUAUUUAGUAGAUUGUUGCUGCUGUAUGCUGCUAAAACUGCAACUAUAUUGAUGAAUUGAUUUGGGAAAUAUAAUUUUAUGAGUUCAUUGGAGUUAUACAUCACCAUUUCUUGUUACUGCACAUCAAAGCACAUCUGUUAGACAUCUAUAUUUGUCUGUACAAAGCUAUUAACGCCACA